AGUGUUUCGAAAGGGGAGUAAAAAUCAAAGUAAAAAAAAAAAACAGUUUUCGUACGCAACGCAAAAAUGAAGCUGAUAAAUUUCAAUACGCUUUGCAUGCUACUAAUUUACUGCACAAUUUUGGGCGCCACAACAGGCGUAGCUUUGCCAAACCAAUUGGUAAGCGUCGCACGCUCGAGCAAUUCAACAGCGAAGGCACCAACGGCAGCUGAUGCCGCCCCACAACCGCACGAUGCAGACAUUUUUAUGGAAUAUUUUCGUUGGCAUGGCGUUCACAACAUAAUGCUCAUCGUCUGUCCACAGGAUGUAGCCACCAGCGAAGCGCAACACAAAUUGCAGUCAUUUGUACGGAAAUUUAUGGCCAACGGUUUUUCCAUACGAAUAUUCAAUGGGCAGGACUAUGAUGACGCCAAGGUAAACAAGCCCAGCAGCGAAAGCGAGGAACUCAAUAUCAGCGCGACUGUCUCUUCAACUGUGGAGGCCACAAGCAGCACACCACCACCACCACCUUCAUUUGGUCCACCGCGCACAUUCCGCAGCGAUAACAGCACACGUCGCCCGUUACGCUUGCAACUGCCACCACUUACGUAUAAAUCAGGUUUUCUGAUGUUGCAUUUCGCCAGCGACUGUGCACUCAAUGUGCUACGUUGGUCAGCUGCCUCCGAGAACAACUAUUUCACCACCAACCGCUUUUGGUUGUUACUCACCGCUGAUCCUACGCAUAUUUCAUUGCUUGAGGAUGUGGAAAUAUUUGUGCCACCUGAUUGCGAGGUACGCGUUAUUGUGCGGCAACCGAAGUUGCAAUUCUUUACAUUGGUUGAUGUGUAUAAAAUUGCAGCGGAUAAACCUUUGCGUCGCACUCUGCUGGGUGGUGCAAGCGGAGAGCUGUGGAGUGUGCAGGAUAUGUUGCAAGCGUUGCGGGAAUUCGGUUCAGCCAUUACGUAUCGUCAAAACCUGGAGGGUAUCACAUUCAAAACGGGGCUUGUCAUUGCCUUUCCCGAUUUGUUUACUAACAUCGAAGAUAUAUCGCUACGCCACAUCGAUACGAUUUCAAAGGUCAAUAAUCGUCUAACCAUCGAGUUGGCGAAUAGGCUGAAUUUGCACUUCAACACUCACCAAGUGGACAACUACGGUUGGCAUCAACCGAAUGGCUCAUUCGACGGUCUGAUGGGUCGCUUUCAACGUUACGAACUGGACUUUGGGCAAAUGGCAAUUUUCAUGCGUCUCGAUCGCAUCGCUUUAGUGGAUUUUGUAGCGGAAACGUUCCGCAUACGUGCGGGAAUAAUGUUUCGUCAACCACCAUUGUCGGCUGUAGCCAAUAUCUUCGCCAUGCCCUUUGCCAGCGAUGUCUGGAUUGCCAUAUUAUUGCUAAUGAUCUUCACUAUUGGCAUUUUCAUGGUCGAACUGGUGUACUCGCCACAUUCGCAUGAAAUCGAUAUAUUGGAUUGUGUGGUCUUUGUUUGGGGUGCCAUGUGUCAGCAGGGUUUCUAUGCGAAUUUGCUCAAUCGUUCGGCGCGUGUCAUCAUUUUCACCACAUUCGUGUCGACACUUUUCUUGUAUACCUCAUUUUCGGCAAAUAUUGUUGCUUUGCUGCAGAGUCCUUCAGAGGCGAUACAAACUUUGAGCGAUUUGGCGCAAUCACCACUGGAGAUUGGUGUGCAGGAUACGGUGUAUAACAAAAUCUAUUUCAAUGAGUCCACAGAUCCUGUCACAAAUCAUUUAUACCACAAGAAAAUCGCGCCAAAAGGUGAUAAUAUAUUCAUGAGGCCCACAGUGGGCAUGGAAAAAAUGCGCACAUGCCUUUUCGCCUAUCAAGUGGAACUGCAGGCGGGCUAUCAGAUCAUAAGCAACACCUUCAGCGAGCCGGAAAAGUGUGGCCUCAAGGAGUUGGAACCAUUUCAAUUGCCUAUGAUAGCAGUGCCGACAAGAAAGAAUUUCCCAUACAAAGAGCUCUUUCGUAGGCAAUUACGUUGGCAACGCGAAGUGGGUCUAAUGAAUCGCGAAGAACUCAAAUGGUUUCCGCAGAAACCGAAAUGUGAGGGUGGCGUUGGUGGUUUUGUUUCGAUCGGUAUAACUGAAUGUCGUUACGCUUUGGGCAUAUUCGGCUUUGGCAUACUACUGAGCGCUUUCUGCUUCGUACUGGAAUUAACUGUGAAGUAUGCUCGGAACAUAGCGAAGAAGAUACAGCGAAAUAAGCAACAGCGUAAGGCGGACAGUGUCGCUGUUGAAUAUUUUGGAAAUUUAAAAACAUAAUACGAAAUUGCGUAGA